ACCUAACAAUUACGACACAKAUUUUCGAUUAAAUAAGCCUCGCGUCACAAUCAAGCCAUUCAAUUUUUUUGUAGACCAAAUUCGACUCUCACUUUGAUCUCCAAACUAAAACUCCUCACUUGGUAAGCGAAAAAAAWACAAAAAACAUCGCCACCUGCUGGAGAAGACAUAUUUCGCGCUCAGUUAUCCCUCUAGCAUCGCCUCUUUCUCACAUACUAUCGUUCUUCAUUUUCAGCGGUCAUUAAUUUCUGUGCUUCUUCUAGCUAACCUUCUGAGAUCAUGCAUCGACUUCAGCACUUGGCAAAUAGAUCAUUGAUUGCACGUGUUUUUGACCAGUCUCCAGCCCUUGUGCGGACAAAGGCUCGGGAAACCUCAUGUUUAGUGCAAUCCAUACGAUUCAAAACACAAGGACCCGUUGAACAGUAUGGACAGAAGAGAUUCAGUACAGCUGAGGCAACCGUGGUCUUGAGAGAGAAUGGCAAGAUACGAGAAAAGAGUCUGACCAUGGACACCCUCAAUCCGCYAGUGAAAGCGGUGGAGUACGCUGUAAGAGGACCCAUUGUCACGAAGGCUGGUGACAUCGAGAGAGGCUUGCAACAGGGUCAGAAACACCCCUUCACUGAGGUCAUCAAAGCCAACAUUGGAGAUUCACAUGCCAUGGGGCAGAAGCCAAUCACCUUUCUCCGUCAGGUGGUGGCUCUCUGCUCAUUCCCAGAGCUGUUGGACAGCUCUAGUUUCCCGGAGGAUGCCAAACAACGUGCCCGUCGCAUUCUACAGGGCUGUGGGGGACAGAGCCUGGGGUCGUACAGUGCCAGCCAGGGAGUGGACUGUAUUCGGCAGGACAUUGCUGUCUACAUCGAGCAACGGGAUAAGGGUGUGCCUGCCGACUGGGACAAUAUUUACCUCACCACCGGAGCUAGUGAUGGCAUCGUGAGCAUCUUGAAGAUGCUGGUGUCGGGCCAGGGCCGGUCCAGGAGUGGUGUGAUGAUCCCCAUCCCUCAGUACCCCCUGUACUCUGCAGCCAUCUCUGAGAUGGAGGCCGUUCAGAUCAACUACUACCUGGACGAGGACAACUGCUGGGCCCUGGAUAUCAACGAGCUCCACAGAGCCUACCAGGCUGCCAAGGAGCACUGUCACCCCAGAGUCAUCUGCAUCAUCAAUCCAGGAAACCCUACCGGUCAAGUGCAGAGUAAGAAGUGCAUCGAGGAAGUCCUCCACUUUGCCUACGAGGAGAAUCUGUUUGUUAUGUCCGAUGAGGUGUAUCAGGACAACGUGUACUCCCCAGACUGUCAGUUCCACUCCUUUAAGAAGGUGCUCUAUGAGAUGGGCCCAGAGUACUUCAACACUGUCGAGCUGGCCUCAUUUCACUCUACCUCCAAAGGCUACUCAGGAGAGUGUGGGUUUAGAGGGGGCUAUAUGGAGGUUCUCAACCUCGACCUGGAGGUCAAGGCCCAGCUGGUUAAGCUGCUUUCUGUUAGACUGUGUCCCCCUGUCUCUGGACAGGCUGCCAUGGAUGUCAUCGUCAACCCUCCUCUGCCACACGAACCCUCCUAUCUCCAGUUCCACAAGGAGAAGAGUGCUGUGCUUGGAGCUCUGGCUGAGAAGGCCCAGAUGACCGAGCAGACCCUCAACACGGUGCCUGGGAUCAAAUGUAACCCUGUGCAGGGAGCCAUGUACGCCUUCCCACGCAUCUUCAUCCCCCCACGAGCUGUGGAGGAYGCCAAGUCCCUGGGAAUGUCUCCUGACAUGAUGUACUGUCUGAGACUGCUUGAGGAGACUGGCAUCUGCCUCGUUCCAGGCAGUGGCUUCGGCCAGAGGGAAGGGCGUAUUCACUUUAGAAUGACCAUUCUGCCAACGACAGAGAAGCUGAAGGUGCUCCUGGAGAAGCUCCGGGAUUUCCACAUCAAGUUUCUGAAGGAGUACGCGUCAUUGGAGGAACCAAAGAGAUCAGAGGAUGACACACGGGACGCACUGAAACAAGUUCWGAUAGUUUGAGAAUGUUUAACACACAAACAAAAACAGCAUUUGCAGAGGUAUCGACUAACAUAAUGUAAAGUAAAAAAGUAACCCCUUUUAUACUCUACUAGUGUAACCUAUGAUUGCUUGAAGUUUUAUCUGAUUUUAGGAACAGUACUUGUUUGAGCGACAUUUGUGCCUUUGUCAGAAGAGGUAAAAGUGUGGGGAGAAACGAUGCCMUCUGUACAGAGAUGUUAAAGGGGCAAUCUGCAGUUGCUACAUACAUUUUAGGACUUGUAAAUUAAAUUGUAGUUCAAUGUACCCAUUGAUUCUUGAGGAAUACAACUUAUAAAUGCCUCAUAAGCUGUCGUACCCCAUCAGAACCCAAAAUA